AUGCCAAAAUAUACCGAAUAUCAAAAGGUGUUCCGAAUUGGUAAACUCAACUCUGGAAAGGCUCAAUCACAGCCUCGGGCAAGAGAUCGUAGCAGACGACCACAGUGGUCCUCAGACACAAACAACCAAAAUGACUCUUCUAUUACCGUGCCCAGUAUAGGACAAGAUAGGACUUCAAAAGAACCCAAGACAAAGCAAAACGCCACAGACCUUUCACCUAAACUCUCGGAGGCUCAGCGCCGACUGCAACAUCUAGAAAAGGUCGUUGCAUCACUAGUCGAUGCAAAUGCAGUUCCUCUCAAGAUUCUCGACCAACCAACGCCUCCUUCGAGUGAUGAAUCACUGAGCGGCAGUAUGCGCAUCAACAAACCUCCUGAUAUGCAAGCGCAGCAGGUCUCGAACACACCAUUGAUUGGUCGUCUGGAAGUUCGUGGACUUGAGGCAAAUUACAGUGGGGGCACGCACUGGGAGACGAUCCUAGCUGAUAUCAAAGACAUUCAAGAAUGUCUUGCCAAUGAGGUACAGAACGAGGUAUUGGAAACCCUGGCCUCUGCCACCGGUGAGGAGCCCGACAUUGUAUUCGGGGUCUCCGAACCAGUAUUCCUAGCGGAGGCUUUGGAAAUGUUACCGAGCCGACAUGUGACGGACAAGUUGCUCUCCGUUUUCUUCAGUUCUCACCAUUUGCACAUUCCUUUCAUCCACAGAGGGAAAUUCUUGAGAGAGUAUGAGUCUUUCUGGAACGAUCCUUCUUCAGUCCCAUAUCUUUGGAUUUCGAUCCUUUUUUCAGCGUUAGACCUUGGAAGCUGGGUUAGCUACAUGUCAAAUCUCGAUGCUAUUGAGCCACUUGAGCAGGUGGGCCCUCGACCAUUACUCAGAAUAGCUGGUCAGAUUCUGGUCGCCGGGCAGUACCCAAAAGCCCGUCCGUAUUCAGUCGAGGCAGUUCUCUUGUACGGCAUUUGUAAAUUCGUCCAGAGAGUGGACCACGACACUGAACCAUGGUUGGUGAUAGGAGUCGCGGCUCGCAUGGCUGUGAGGAUGGGGUAUCAUCGUGAUCCGAAACAUCUGCCACACAUCUCUCCAUUUGAAGGGGAGAUGCGUCGAAGGACUUUUUCUAUUCUUAUGGCAUUCGAUCUGUUAUUAUCCUUCCAGGCCGGCCUACCUGCCACAAUCCAUGAGGAUUCAUGCGACACUGACCUACCAGGGAACUUGUUCGACGAGGACUUUGACGAGGACGCUACGGUGGUCCCACCAUCACGACCAUACACGGUCCCAACGCCCAUGAUUUAUCACUGUUUCAAGGGAAGGUUGUGCCGUAGUUUCAGGCCAGUUUCCCGACUUGCUUUGUCACCUACAGUCCCAACUUACGAGGAAACGAUGAAAGCUGACGCAGAGUUACGUCGGGGGCAUGCAUUGAUACCACCCAGCCUCGCCAUGAAACCCUGGUCUCUGUCCAUAACGGAUGAAGUACGGGUUAUCAUGCACAGAUUCAACGUAGAUCUACUAUAUCAAUCCGGUAUCAUGAUCAUUCAUCGCAUGUAUCUCAGCCAUGAAAGGUGGAACCCGGCUUAUGAAUAUUCCCGAAAGACAUGCAUUCAGGCGAGUCUAGCAAUGCUCAAAUGGCAAGCUGAUGUUCAUAUAGCGACCCAACCGGGAGGGCAGCUCCGCAAUUCCAAGUGGAUGGCAACAAGCUUGACGCAACAUGACCUCCUGCUGGCCGCCAUGAUUGCUUGUCUCGACCUGUAUGAGUCGCACCGCCAGGGAGAAGUGGCAAAGAUGACCGAAGCAGAACUGGAGGAUCGACGGAAAACAUAUAAUGCCCUCAAGGUUUCACAUCACAUAUGGACCUUGCGAGGUUCAGGCUCUCGAGAUGCAAAACGUGCAUCCACAAUGCUGGGAGUAAUGAUGGCUAAGAUUCCAGAUCCAAAUGUGGCACAAGUUUCCGGAGUCGAUAACCCGUUAGAUGUUUCCCAAGAACAGGACACCACGAUACCAGGAUCCACCACGAUAGCACUGUCGAAUUUGUCCCUCUGGGAACAAGAACUGGGAGAUCCAUUCAUGGGUACUCAUGCGCAUGGAGAACAAGGGCCAGAAAGUGCGGCCUUCGAAGCACUGCUCAGGGACGAGGAGGUCAACUGGUCCCUCGUUGACAAGUAUCUCUUUGGUCGCGGCCAAGACGACUUUAUGAUGGGUGACCUUUAG